AUGUUACAGGCGCAAAAUACGAUACUGACAAGCUUACUCGCGGCAACAAACACCACGCUCGCUGGUGUAAUGGCACCACCAGCAACAUUGCCACAGCCACAACCGGAAGUUAUACCACAAGUUGUAAUACCACCAGGUGUCGAAGUUGUAGAACUCCACUUGGACCCUGCAGAUUGGUUCCCAGCGGAGCCCUACAAAAUGGUGUUCAGCAGAAAGAAGAAUCCGAAAUGGAAGAACUUUCCCUACAGAUGCGAACAUUGCUUUAAGGGUUACCGGGUUGCGUCAACGCUACUAACCCACGCGGCGGAGAGGCACGGCUCGGUGCCCAAGGACGUGGCGAUCCCGUGUCCCUGCUGUCCGCACGUGUCCACUCGCCGCAAGCAACACAAGAAGCACCUGGAGACGCAUGAGGGCAAACGCCACAGGAUAUUCUGCCUCUACUGUUUACCACCACAGUGUGAAACUGAACAAGAUUUAAGACCCGGAGAAAUGAGUGUUAACGAGUCAUUUAUUGAAAAUGAAUCACCUCCUCCUUAUAUAAAAUUUCGGAAAGGUAGUAACGUUAUUCCUGCAAUUUCCGAUCUACAACAAGAAUUUAAAACUCUUCAAAGCAGUUUACUUAACAGGCUUGAUUCCUGGUUCUCAAAACAAGAAACAAAAUUUAAUACCCUUCUUAAUGACUUCGACGAAAUUAAAACCACGCUGAAAUUUAUCAGUGACAAAUACGAUGAUUUAGACAAAAGAACUCAUGAUGUCAGCAAGCGUGUAUCUAGAAUAGAACAGCAGCUGAAAUCCACACCGGUCUUCGAAGCACGUAUCUCUGAAUUAGAAACUAAACUGGCUGAAUUUGAACAAAAAUCUCGAAAUUGUAAUAUUGAGAUAAGUAAUCUGCCUGAAAAACGAAGCGAGAACUUAAUACAAAUAUUGGAGAAUAUUGCUAAAGUCAUAAAGCAACCAAUUUCUACUAAAGACAUAGUUAAAAUUCAUCGUGUACCUCAUAUGAACCCUAAGAUUUCACGCCCGAAGAAUGUAAUUGUAAAAUUUUUCAAUCAAGCAACGUGUGACAACUUUGUUUCUGCAGCAAGACUAUCAAAAGGAAUCACAACAGAGCAAAUAAAUAUGCAUGGAGCCGUUCAAAAUAUUUAUAUCAAUGAGCACUUAACUAUUCAUAGUAAGAAUUUGUUUCGUCAAACUCGUGAAAACAGAACGGAUAUAGAUUUGUGUGGAUCAAGCGCGGAACUGUACUGGUUCGUGCAAGCGAAACAUCUGCUAUUUUUGCUAUACGAAGGGAACAAGAUAUAUUAUCGAAAAUUAAACCAAAGGAUACCAAAUGAUGGAUUUACUUGUGAAAUAGUUAUUAGUAAUAGGGGGCUAAAUGGCACUCGAUGUAUUUUAAAGCCCACUUUUCACUGUGAAGAUGAAAUUAUAAAUGUCCCAUCAAAUAUUGACUAUGUGAUACUUAAGUUUUAUUCUAAGCAACAUAACGAAUAUCACGCUGUUAGCGGUGUUUACAUACCACCAAAUCAACCUUUAACUGCUUAUCAAUUAUUUUUUAACUCUCUCCAAAAUGAGCUUAUGUGUAACGAAAAUACAAAAAUAUAUAUUUUCGGGGACUUUAAUCUACCCCACAUUGAGUGGCUGCAGUGUGACGGGAAUACAUGUACUCCAAAUACACAUUACUGCAAAAAUCCAAUGACUUUGCUCGUUUCAAAUUUUUUAUCAAUUGUAGGUUGCAAACAAUUUAAUUUAAUUAAAAAUAAUAAGAAUCGCAUCUUAGAUCUUUUCAUUUCAAAUAAUGAUACAAGUACUUGUAAGUCACCACUAAACUUUUUAGUUCCAAUAGACGUCUUCCAUCCACCACUUAACGCCGAGAUAUUUUUUAACGUAGAAUACAUUCAAUUGGCGCGUAAAACUUUACCAAAAUAUCGAUUCUCCGAGGGUAAAUAUGCAGAUAUUAAUGACGAUAUUAAACGUGUAGACUGGGCAAGUAUUUUAGAGGUGCCGUCCUUAGACACUGCCACCAACCACUUUUAUGAAGAGAUAUAUAAAAUCAUUAGGAAACACGUACCUUUACGUCCAAUCAAAUCUAAAAAGUUUCCAAUAUGGUUUACACGUCCACUAAUACACAUAUUUAAAAAUAAAGAAAAAUCAUGGAUAAAGUGGAAAAAUUUUUCUAACCAAGUAGAUUAUGAGGAAUACUCUGUACUUCGAAAAAGAUUUAAACAACUUUCCGCGCAAUGCUUUAAUUCAUAUUUAAGUAAAAUUGAAACAAGUUUGCAGAAAGACAUCAAAGUAUUUUGGUCUUUUGUAAACAAUAAAAAAAAAUGUGGUAUUCCCAACGUAAUGUUUCACGAUGGAAAUGAAACCGAUAAUCCUGAGGACAUAUGUGAAUUUUUUUCUAACUAUUUUACUUCAGUUUAUGAGAACAUCUCACUGAUGACGUACCACAUAGAUUUACUUCCUUGCUCAUCAAACACUAACUUUAUUAUCUCAGAUAUAUCAUUUUCAAAAAACACUAUAGAACAAUGUCUAAAAAACUUAGAUAUAACUAAAAGUUCAGGACCAGACGCGAAUGCCUCCGAACCGUAUGUGAAAGAGUCUGAAAAGUACCCAUUCGACAAGUUUCCUCAAUUCUGGUAUGCAUCGGAGGAGUCUUUACGUCUACACAAAAAGCGGAAACACCCCUACGCUGCCAUGUUCAACUAUAAUUGGUUCUGUUCAUGGGGCGACAGUAUUCCUAAUAGUUAA